AUGGGAAAAGCUAAAAAGUUUAAACCUUCCCAGGUUGCUAAAAAUGUAGCGUUAGCUGAUCAAAUUGAAUCUGUAAAGAAUGUGAAAAGUAGAAACAGAGUCAAAGAAAGAAACCGACAUGAUGAUGACGAAGAAUUUGUAAAUGCAGACUUGUCAAAGAAAAUCUUAAAAGCAGCCAGGAGGCAGCAGGCAGAAUUAGGGGAUGCAGAGGAAGGCCCUUCUCCAGCCAAACAUGUGACACUGCCACCAACAUUCAGAGAUGUAGAUUCAGAUGAUGACACAGGAUCAGAAAAAGAUGAUUUAGAGCCAGACACUUAUUAUGACAACAUAGAAAUAAAUGAAGAAGAUGAGGAGGCACUCCAAAUGUUCAUGUCCUCCAAACCGGAGAGAACACGGACUCUGGCUGACAUAAUCAAGGAGAAGAUCACUGAAAAAAAUACUGAAUUACAGACUCAAUUCUCAGAUGUAGAGACACUAAAGUUACAGAAUAUUGAUCCAAGGAUAAAAACAAUGUACGAAGGAGUCCGAGAUGUAUUACAAAAGUAUAGAUCAGGUAAACUGCCAAAAGCAUUCAAAAUGGUGCCACACUUGCAGAAUUGGGAACAAAUUCUGUACAUUACUGAGCCAACUACUUGGUCUGCUGCAGCCAUGUAUCAGGCUACCAGAAUUUUCGCAUCCAAUUUAAAAGAGAAAAUGGCACAACGAUUUUACAAUCUAGUCCUACUGCCUCGUGUUCGGGAUGAUCUGGCAGAGUACAAAAGAUUGAACUUUCAUUUAUACCAAGCUUUGAGAAAAGCAUUGUUUAAGCCUGGUGCUUUUAUGAAGGGUAUUUUAUUGCCAUUAUUGGAGGCUGGUGAUUGCACACUCCGUGAAGCCAUAAUUGUAGGAUCAGUACUAGCUCGUAACUCAGUGCCAGUAUUGCAUUCUAGUGCAGCUAUGUUAAAGAUAGCCGAGAUGGAUUACACUGGCGCAAACUCCAUAUUUUUAAGAAUACUCUUUGAUAAAAAGUACGCUUUACCAUACAGAGUAGUGGAUGCAGUUGUUUUCCACUUCAUCAGAUUCCAGAGUGAUCAUCGUAACUUACCUGUGCUAUGGCAUCAGGCAUUGUUGACAUUUGUUCAGCGUUACAAGGCUGACAUUUCAACGGAACAGCGAGAUGCUCUCUUGGAAUUAUUGAGAAAGCAAUCCCAUCCCACAAUCACACCAGAGAUACGACGAGAACUACAAGCUGCAAAAUGCAGAGAUGUCGAAGGUGCAAUGAUUGUUGAAUAA